GUUCUGCCGUGUCUUUAGGGGGCGCUGAUGGUGAGCUGCGUCAAACUGACGUCAUCAAAACACACUGAAGUAAAAACAGCAGCGGAUUGAGCUACACGGAUCCUCAAUGGCCGCCUCCUCGUCCUCAUCCUCUGCUGGAGGAGUCAGUGGGAGUUCAGUGACCGGCUCUGGCUUCAGCGCCUCCGAGCUCAUCCCGCCCAGAAAAGUGCUCUACACCUACCCGAAAGGAGCUGGGGAGAUGAUGGAGGAUGGAUCGGACCGGUUUUUGUGCGAGUCUGUGUUCAGCUAUCAGGUUGCUUCCACACUGAAGCAGGUUAAACAUGAUCAGCAGGUGUCGAGGAUGGAGCGUCUGGCUGGACUGGUUGAGCAGUUAGAAGCAGACGAGUGGAAAUAUAAGCCCAUCGAGCAGCUCCUGGGCUUCACAACCUCAUAACAACCCAUCCGUUUCUCUGCUUUCUCCAUCUGCAGGACACUUCACAUUAGUGUUACGCUUUAUAUUGGCUUUAUGUGUCAAUCAUGUGUGUAAAUAUGCUUUGUGUUUUUUGGAUAAAGCUUUUUAGUAAUACCUCCAAACGAGCCUGUGUUGUUGUUUUUUUACAUGUGUCAAUACAUGCACAAUAAAAGCCUUUUUAAACACA